GGGAGGUUACGAGGCGGGAGCCGCCACCAUCCCAGCAAGAAAACCUACUCUCUUUUCUGAGGAGGAGAAAGGAGAGUGGGCGAGAAAGAUGGCGGGGGAUGAGCCGCCGACCCAAGAGGUGGCCGAGAUGAGCGUAUCCGAAGGUGUCUCCGCGGCAUCAACGGGAUCUGGCGAGGUCGUCCAGUGGUCUCGCUACUCUCGCCGAGUUCUGAUCACCACAAUCGUUAAUCGGCCGGACGGAGGGCUCGGCCUCGUCGGGCAGAAGAUCUCCGUCGGCGGGUGGGUGAAGACCGGGAGAGAGCAGGGGAAGGGCACCUUCGCCUUCCUUGAACUCAACGACGGGUCCUGCCCAGCAAAUCUUCAGGUGUUGGUGGAUGCUUCCGUUGCGUCACUGGGGCAGCUUGUACCAACAGGGACGUGUGUGCUGGUCGAAGGAGAGCUCAAAAAGGCACCUGAUGGGACAAAGCAGACAGUGGAGCUUAAAGUGGAGAAAGUGUUGGAAGUUGGAACUGUAGAUCCUGCCAAAUACCCGAUACCUAAGACCAAGCUCACGUUGGAGUUCCUCAGGGACCAUGUGCAUCUCCGACCUAGGACCAACACAAUUUCUGCUAUUGCUCGUAUACGGAAUGCACUUGCUUAUGCGACUCAUACCUUCUUCCAGAAGAAUGGGUUUCUUUAUGUGCAUACACCUAUUAUUACAACUAGUGAUUGUGAAGGUGCUGGUGAAAUGUUUCAAGUCACUACUAUCUUUUCCGAGGCAGAAAAGAUAGAGAGGGAGUUGAAGCAGAACCCCCCACCUUCAGAGGAAGAUAUUGAAGCUGCUAAGCUUCUCAUUAAAGAGAAGGGUGAGAAGGUUGCCCAUCUGAAAGCAAUGAAGUCUUCAAAAGAGGAAAUUGCCUCUGGUGUAGCUGAACUUACAAAGGCCAAAGAAAACCUAGCCAAAUUGGAAGAGAGAGCUAAGCUCAAGGCUGGUAUACCUCAAAAGGAUGGAAAGGUUGACUAUUCAUAUGAUUUCUUUGCCCGUCAAGCAUUUUUGACUGUAUCUGGUCAGCUUCAAGUGGAGACUUUUGCUUGUGCCGUUAGUAGUGUUUAUACAUUUGGUCCAACUUUUCGAGCUGAGCACUCUCACACAUCAAGGCAUCUGGCAGAGUUUUGGAUGGUGGAGCCUGAGAUUGCUUUUGCAGAUUUGGAGGAUGAUAUGAACUGUGCAGAGGACUAUGUGCAAUUUUUAUGCCAGUGGCUACUUGAUAACUGUCUUGAUGAUAUGCAAUUCAUGGUGAAGAAUUAUGAUAAGGGUGCAAUAGACCGUUUAAAGUUGGUGGCAUCCACCCCAUUUGAGAGAGUUUCUUAUACUGAAGCUAUAGAACUUUUGAAGAAUGUCACAGAAAAGAAGUUUGAAAACAAGGUGGAAUGGGGCGUUGAUUUGGCCUCUGAGCAUGAGAGGUACCUCACGGAAGUGAUCUUCAAGAAGCCUGUUAUUGUCUACAACUAUCCAAAAACAAUCAAAGCAUUCUAUAUGAGACUCAACGAUGAUUCAAAAACUGUCGCUGCCAUGGACGUACUUGUACCUAAGGUUGGUGAACUGAUAGGUGGCAGCCAAAGGGAAGAGAGACUUGAUGUCAUUGAGCGAAGAAUAAGGGAGAUGGAUUUACCUGUGGAACCUUAUGAGUGGUAUCUCGACCUGCGUCGCUAUGGAACGGUAAAACACUGUGGGUUUGGCCUGGGUUUCGAGCGCAUGAUUCUCUUUGCAACUGGUAUUGACAACAUUAGAGAUGUGAUUCCAUUCCCAAGGUACCCUGGACGAGCAGACCUCUGAGACCAGAUGUUCUACAUUAUUUCCCCACAGUUGGAUUAUGUUUAGAUUAUUUUUGUUUGUUGUUUCAUGGUCAAUUUUGCUAACUCAAUUGGAUACAAUCCAUAAUUAUUGUAUGUCAAUAGCUAAUUGCGUGGUAUGAAAUUAUUUUUUGUUUA